AUGGACAAGUCAACGACACCAGGAGGCGGCGCCGCAGCUGCCUCUGUCGCCCCAAACCAGCCCGCCAACAAGACCAGUGCCGUCGCGCCGACAUUAAACAACGAGGUCGAGAUGGGAAACAUGGGCGGCGAUGCGCCAAACGCAGAGAACGACAUCAUGCAGAUUGCCAGAGUUGGAGACGUCCCGGCCAUGGAGAAGCUCUUUGAGGCCGGCGAGUACGAUGCGACUUUCUCAGACGACGAGGGCAUCACCCCCCUCCAUUGGGCAGCAAUCAACAACCAGUAUGCCAUGUGCAAGUUCCUCAUCGACAACGGCGCCGAGAUCAACAGGAAGGGGGGAGAGUCAGUAGCCACUCCCCUCCAGUGGGCCGCCCAGAGAUGUCACUACUACACCGUCAACCUCCUCCUCCAGCAUGGCGCCGACCCCCUCAUCACCGACGCCCAGGGCUACAACACCCUCCACAUCUCGACCUUCAACGGCAACACGCUGCUGCUCGUCCUCCUCCUCCACCAGGGCAUCCCCGUCGACGUCCUCGACAGUUAUGGGCACACGGCCUUGAUGUGGUCUGCCUACAAGGGCUUCCCGCAAUGCGUCGACCUCUUCCUGCGCUGGGGCGCGAGCGUCCACACGACCGACGAGCAGGGCUUCACCGCGCUGCACUGGGCGCUCGUCAAGGGCUCCCCCGCGUGUAUACAGAGACUACUCGAGUACGGCGCCGACCGAUUCGCAAAGACGCAGACCGGCAAGACGCCUGCCGUGACGGCGAAGGAGCUUAACACGACCAACGCGUGGCAUCGCGCCUUGAAGGAGUGUGGAUAUGACGAGGACGCGCAGCCGAUCGAGCCGCAUUUCCCUGGUGCGCGCUUCCUCCGCCAGGAUAAGAGGGGAUUCGUCACCAAGUUCCUGUUCCUCUGGCCGUUCGUGCUGGUGUGGUCUAUCAUCACCAUACUGGGGAGCAUGCCGGUGUAUGCGGGCGUGUUCUUCGCGGUGAUAGUGGGAUACAGCAUCCAAUGGUGCGCGCAACAGGUCAUUGAGUUUGCGCCGCCUGAUAUGAAGCACUUCCAUAAGACUCCCUGGUUGGCAGGUAUCUUUGCCGCUUCCGUGUUCUGGACUGGCCUUAGAUGGCUGACGACCGUCUUGCCUGGCACCACUGGAUCUGCCGCCACUCAGUCUCACUGGUGGUUGAACUUGCUCUUUGGAACUUUCCUCGGCCUUACUGCCUACUUUUAUGCCGCCGCUAUGCGCUACGACCCCGGCUUCGUCCCCAAGAUGAAUGGCAUCGCCGAGCAGAAGGCCGUGAUUGAUGAGCUGCUUAAGCUGUGGAAGUUCGAUGAGUCCAACUUCUGUGUUACGUGCAUGAUCAGGACCCCUCUCCGCAGCAAGCACUGCAAGCGUUGCCAGAAGUGUGUCGCGAAGCACGACCAUCACUGCCCUUGGGUCUACAACUGUGUUGGCGUCAACAACCAUCGCCACUUCUUCUUGUACCUCAUCAGCUUGACCUUGGGCAUCAUCUCCUUUGACUUCCUUGUCUACUACUACCUUUCCGACAUCUCAGCCAAGGCUUCCGACAGCUGCAACUUCCUUAGCCCUGGCCUCUGCAAGGUCGUCAACGCGGAUGGCUACACCGCGAUCCUCACCGUCUGGGUCUCCCUCCAACUCACCUGGGUCGGCAUGCUGCUCUUCGUUCAGUUCGUCCAAGUCUCCCGCGCGAUGACUACCUACGAGAACAUGUUCGGUAUUCAGGACGGCUCCGUCACCUCCGCCUUCACCUCGACUGGCACUCCCCUCGACCCGAACCACCCGUCCCUCGCAACCCCCGAGACCCAUGGCCAUGGCCACGCCCACAAGCACAAGGGCGGUCGCCUCCAGCAAUGGGCCCGUCUUCUCGGCGUCGACCCCUUCAUCGAGACCAUCCGCGGUCGUGGCGCCGCCACCGGCAACAAGCGCAGAAAGAAGAACCCCUACUCCAACGGCUGCAUGGUCAACUGCCGCGACUUCUGGUGCGAUCCUGCGCCUACCUUUGGUCCUCGCGAGAACGGUUCGGCUAUGCUGGCUGGUGAGCCCAUCAACUACACGGCAAUGUACGAGAGCCCAUCUCUCAUGAACAUGAGCCGUGGACGACGCAGAGCGGGUGGUUACGAGUCAGUCGCCGGCGAGGAGGUGUAA